AUGAGUGACCUCAGCACUUUAGACCGACUUUCUACGCUCGAUACCAAUUCAGUCUCUGAUGCAUUGGACUUUUUGAAAGUAAAAGGAGCCACGUACGGCCUUCGACCACUUUGGGACUGCCCAAAGGUUGUUGGACGAGCCAGCACAGUGAAAGUGGACCGCAAAUCCGAUUCAAACACUACGGCUCACCCUUUCAGUUCGGUUAUAGAUGCGGUUACGACAGAUGACCGUAUCCUCAUUAUCUCCGGUGGCAUUGAGGGAGUCUCGUGUUGGGGAGAUAUCAUUGCCAAUGCCUCAAAACUAAAGGGUAUUCGCGGAACUGUUAUUGAUGGCAUGUGUCGUGAUAUUGACGGCAGCCGUGAGGCCAGCUAUCCAGUCUACGGCCGCGGCGUGACUAUGAUUAGUGGUCGCAAUAGAUUAGUGCAAAUUGAGUCUGGCACAGCGAUCCAGAUACAAGGUGUCAUCGUCUGCCAAGAUGACUAUGUGAUUGCGGAUAACUGUGGCACAGUUUUCAUUCCAGCCAAAUUCAUUGAGGACGUCUUGAAACUAGCCGAGAAGAUAGCCAAACGCGAGAGCCUCAUGAUCGAGGAGAUUCGAGCUGGUAAGCUGGUUUCUGAGGUCAUGGACGAUGCGCGAUUUGAAGCUAUGCGAGAUGAGAUCUCUGCAGUGGCAGCAGCAGCUACGGCACAAGUCUGA